AUGAUUGGCAUCCUCGACACUGCUUCCUGGGAGACCGAGCGGGAGAUUCGCUCCCACCGAGUCUCUGUCCCCUUCAAGAUCGAGAUGGACCAGGUCUGCCGCCGGUUCUCGGUGCCGAUUCCCGACGGCUCUGACAGCCGGACCCAGUUCCGCAGCUUUGACCAGCUCGUCAAGGCCCUCUACAACUUGCCUAUGCACACGCGGCUGGCCUUCAGCUGGGUCGACGAGGAGGGCUCGCUCGUACUGAUCGAGAGCGACCUCGAGUGGAUCGAGGCCGUCCGCUGGUUCUGCGAGCGCAGCGAGGCUGUCUUCAAGCUCCAGGCCAAAAUCGUGGUGCCUGAAGUCCACGGCACCGCAGCCCAGCACUUGGGCUUGUGGGCCCCCUACCGCGACGAUGACACUGUCGUCGCUGUCGCCGGGACCGAUGGCGAUAGCGAGUUUGCCAGCACACCUGUCCGGCUCGUCGAUGCCCAAGAGCAAGUGACCGACUCCCUCUUUGUCGAAGAUGAGACCAACGAUGACGAUGACAGCGAGGAUGAAGAUGGCCAGGAUGCUGACAGCGACACCAGCGACUCGGAUGCUGAUGAGGCCGCCAACUAUCCGGCCGACAUCCCUUACACCUCUCUCCCUUCGAAUAACGUCUCCGAGACCAGCGAGUCCUGGAUCCGACAGCUCGAGAAGCAGGAAGAGUGCGAGAGCCUGCUGACUCCCACGGAUCACUCCACCGCUCUCCAUCACUCUCUCCAGCUCGGCCCCGUCGAUCCGGAUCUGCUCUACGUGCCCGAGGCCCGCAUUCUCGAGAGAAUCCCGCUGGCCGUUCCCACGCUGCCGCCCAAGAUCACAGUCUCGCGGUCAACCGAGACCGAGACCCAGAUGGCCGAAUCGCACUCGACCCAAACGCCCGACCGCCUCACAAAGUCCGUCAGUGUCGGGCCUCAGGGCACCGCCGCCGUGCCCAAGAUCUCGGUUACGGUCGAAACGUCGACGGAGCAGCUCCAGUUCGCCGACCACGGCUGCCAGUCCGGCGAGAGCUUUGUCCGUCCGCCGCCCAAGAUCACCAUCUCGACCGGCACCGGCACCGGCACCGAUACUGGCGCCGACACCCGCGUUCGAUCGGUGUCGGUCCAGUACGAGGUCGACGACGGCUUCGUCCUGCUGUAGCCGAGCCAUCCACUCCCUCCCUCUGUUUGUUCUGACGAAAUGCACAAUCUCUAUGCAGUUUUUCUCGGGUCGCUCUUGGCCAUCGUAAUCGCACUA